AGUUAAAAGUGAUGCUGCGAGAAAGCUGGAGUUGCAUUGAAGUAGAAGCCGGGGGAGAAAAUAACGCCGGCAACACACAAAAACGGGACGUAGUGACCCUUUCUCCAGGGCUGUCCGGGCUGGCACCAACUUCCUUUAUCCCGAGGCUGAGAAAAAAAGCUUUUGGAAACAUGUCCAAAACAUUGAUGAAAUGUUGGAAACCAGUUGAAACACAGUAAAAUUCAACCCAAUACAACAGGACUGCUUUCUCUUCGUUGGUGUUGGGAAUUUUCAAGAAGUGAACUAUGACAAUAUAUCAAUUUUUGCUACUGUUUCUACUCUGGGUAUGCUUGCCAUACUUCUGCUCUCCAGAGAUAAUGUUCAGAAGGACUCCUGUGCCUCAGCAAAGAAUUUUGGGUCCACGCGUACCUAGGAGUGAUGGCAAAAUUCUGCAUCGUCAAAAACGUGGUUGGAUGUGGAAUCAAUUUUUCUUACUGGAAGAAUAUACGGGAUCUGAUUAUCAAUAUGUAGGCAAGCUUCAUUCAGACCAAGAUAAAGGAGAUGGAUCACUCAAAUAUAUUUUAUCUGGAGACGGAGCUGGUACUCUUUUUAUUAUUGAUGAAAAAACAGGUGACAUUCACGCCACAAGAAGAAUUGAUAGGGAAGAAAAGGCCUUUUAUACUCUACGCGCACAAGCUAUUAACAGAAGAACUCUGAGGCCAGUAGAACCAGAGUCAGAGUUUGUGAUCAAAAUCCAUGAUAUCAAUGACAAUGAGCCAACAUUCCCAGAAGAAAUUUAUACAGCUAGUGUUCCUGAAAUGUCCGUCGUAGGUACUUCUGUGGUGCAAGUCACAGCUACAGAUGCGGAUGACCCUUCCUACGGGAACAGCGCCAGAGUCAUUUACAGCAUCCUUCAGGGGCAGCCCUAUUUCUCUGUGGAGCCUGAAACAGGUAUCAUCAGGACUGCUUUACCAAACAUGAACAGAGAAAACAGGGAGCAAUAUCAAGUGGUAAUCCAGGCCAAGGACAUGGGCGGCCAGAUGGGAGGCUUAUCAGGGACCACCACAGUGAACAUCACGCUGACAGAUGUCAAUGACAAUCCUCCUCGAUUCCCCCAGAACACCAUCCAUCUUCGAGUACUUGAAUCCUCCCCAGUUGGUACAGCCGUUGGGAGUGUAAAAGCAACUGAUGCUGACACUGGAAAAAACGCUGAAGUCGAAUACCGAAUUAUUGAUGGUGAUGGGACUGACAUGUUUGACAUCAUAACUGAGAAGGACACACAGGAAGGCAUCAUCACUGUGAAAAAGCCACUUGACUAUGAGAGCCGAAGACUUUACACUCUGAAGGUGGAAGCAGAGAAUACCCACGUGGACCCACGUUUUUAUUACCUGGGGCCCUUUAAAGAUACAACCAUUGUAAAAAUCUCUAUAGAAGAUGCGGACGAACCUCCCGUGUUUAGCAGAUCCUCCUAUCUGUUCGAGGUUCAUGAAGACAUUGAAGUGGGCACCAUCAUUGGAACUGUAAUGGCAAGGGACCCGGAUUCCACUUCUAGCCCCAUUAGAUUUUCCUUGGAUCGCCAUACUGACCUUGACAGGAUCUUUAAUAUACAUUCUGGAAAUGGAUCCCUUUAUAUAUCAAAGCCACUUGACCGUGAACUCUCUCAAUGGCACAAUCUUACCAUUAUAGCUGCUGAAAUGAACAAUCCCAAAGAGAUGACGCGUGUGGCUGUUUAUGUGAGAAUUUUGGAUGUUAAUGACAACGCCCCACAAUUUGCUGUGUUCUACGACACUUUUGUAUGUGAAAAUGCCAGGCCAGGGCAGCUGAUACAGACUAUAAGUGCAGUAGACAAAGAUGACCCUUUAGGUGGACAGAAAUUUUUCUUCAGCUUAGCAGCUGUCAAUCCAAACUUCACAGUACAGGACAAUGAAGAUAAUACUGCCAGAAUUUUAACCAGAAAGAAUGGAUUCAGUCGACAUGAAAUCAGCACCUAUCUCUUGCCUGUGGUGAUAUCAGACAACGACUACCCGAUCCAGAGCAGCACGGGCACCCUGACCAUCCGCGUGUGUGCCUGCGACGGCCAGGGCAACAUGCAGUCCUGCAGCGCCGAGGCGCUGCUGCUCCCCGCAGGCCUCAGCACCGGGGCCCUCAUCGCCAUUCUCCUCUGCAUCAUUAUCUUGCUGGGUAAGAGCUUUAGAGAAAAUACAAUUUCUCAGAUUGCUUGCUUUAGUGCACUUGUAAAUAAGAAACGUUGCUCUUAAAAUAUUUCCCCCAAACUAACCCCAGCGUUUAAGAUAAUAAAUUAACCAUGAGAU